CACCUUGAACAUCCGGGCAUCGCCUGCUUCCCGUCCUUCUCUUUCCACCGAGCCCCGGCCCCCGCCAACAGGAAGCGGAAGUGAAAGAGUAUCCCGGCUGCCUCUUAGCAACGCUAUGGGGUCAAGUGGUACAAUCAGCUGAGUCUGGUAGAGGAAGUCCUUGUGGCGGGGCAGUUGCAGACACGGUUACCCGGGUGGAGACCCGAACAGAAAAGUCACCGUCAGAAUGUCGGGCAAGGACAGAAUUGAAAUAUUUCCGUCGCGAAUGGCACAGACCAUCAUGAAGGCUCGUUUAAAAGGAGCACAGACAGGUCGAAACCUCCUGAAGAAAAAGUCUGAUGCAUUAACUCUUCGAUUUCGGCAGAUUCUAAAGAAGAUAAUAGAGACUAAAAUGUUGAUGGGUGAAGUGAUGAGAGAAGCUGCCUUUUCACUUGCUGAGGCCAAGUUCACAGCAGGGGACUUCAGCACCACAGUUAUCCAAAAUGUAAAUAAAGCCCAAGUGAAGAUUCGAGCAAAGAAAGAUAAUGUAGCAGGUGUUACUUUGCCAGUAUUUGAACAUUAUCAUGAAGGAACUGACAGUUAUGAACUAACCGGUUUAGCCAGAGGUGGGGAACAGUUGGCUAAAUUAAAGAGGAAUUAUGCCAAAGCAGUGGAACUACUGGUGGAACUAGCUUCACUGCAGACUUCUUUCGUUACCUUGGAUGAAGCUAUUAAGAUAACCAACAGGCGUGUAAAUGCCAUUGAACAUGUUAUCAUUCCCCGGAUUGAACGUACCCUUGCUUAUAUCAUCACAGAGCUGGAUGAGAGAGAGCGAGAAGAGUUCUAUAGGUUAAAGAAAAUACAGGAGAAGAAGAAGAUUCUCAAGGAAAAAUCUGAGAAGGACUUGGAGCAGCGGAGGGCAGCCGGAGAGGUGAUGGAGCCUGCCAACCUUCUGGCUGAAGAGAAGGAUGAGGAUCUUUUGUUUGAAUAAUCUUUCUUGCUCUGGUUCUUACAGAAGCCCUAACAUGGCACCAUUUUAAUUCAUGGUGUGUAGGUUUGGUAUGUGUGCCUAUUUAUUUUUUGGCCUAAGAAUUCCACUGGAUGUAAAAUUCCCCUGGAAGUCCAUUUAUGGGACUACCUUUGCAGAAUAAUAAUUCAGCAACCAUUGAUCACAGAUGCAAUCUGUAGAUCCUGCCCAGGCACUUGUAGAAUUCAUUCUGCAGGUGUCACCCAUCCUCCAUUUACAUCUGUUACAGGUGAUGUGCUUACCAAACAUAUUUGGAACUCCCUUGAGGAAAGAAAGAACAGCGGUCUCAGGCUAACAAAUGUAGGCCAGCUACUGCUGGAGCACUGUGUUCCUACCCACUUGCACACCUUGGCGCUAAUGGCUGCAGCCAUCCUUGUGUAACUGUGGUACUUCUCAGCCUUUAUGAAAACCUCCUCUUAUUUUCCUUGCAUGCCAGGUCUUUGUCCUGUAACAGGAACAGUUCUGCCAAUUUAAAUGUAACUGUAGUAUAAAAAGAGUAAAAUGAUAUAAAAAUGA